AUGUACAAAAUUCUACGCCGCAUAUCCAGCUCGUUCUUUCCUCGACCAGACCGGCCAUGGAGCGAAGACGCCACGUCGACUGCCCCCCAAAUCGGCCGGAAACGGCGCAUGAGCUCGCCAGAGCCCGACGCGGACCCGGACACGCAGCCCUCAGCCAAGAGGCGUAGAGCGGACUCGCCGGACGCGUCGGACGAUGCAUCACACAGAGACGACUCGCCUGCGCGUGUGGGGAAGGCGGAGACGGAGACGGAAGAGGUCAAGCAGGUCACCAAGGGCGUGGGCGAGGUUGAGCUUGACGAAGGUUCCGUUCCAGAGACUCCUUCCGCUGCCGAGGCUGCCGCUAUCCCCCUCCCCGAUUCUCCGGUUCUCCCGCCGACGGAGACUACAGACGAGAUCGAGAGUCAGAGCCCACCGGAAGAGUCUGCUGCCAUCCUAGCAGUCAAAGAUGAAGGAGAAGUUGUUCAGCAGGCCGAUGGGACUACAGAUCUGGUGGAAUUAUCGACCGUGGGUGCAGCGGAGGAAGAGAGCCAUGAUACAGAUGCCGAUGCAGAGGGGGAGGACGAGAUCCCCGGCCUGACCGCAGGAUCCGACCAGAACUCGCCGACCGCCGUCGACCGCUCCACCCACACAGAAAAAGCUGGCCCCGUUGAUGCGGCAGCCUCGAUAGCGAUCGAAACGUCCGCCCCUGGUCCUUGA